AUGUUCUCAGCAGGGGGCAGCCGACUGUCACUCGAAGAAUUCGAAGAUGUGAAGAAUCAGAUGGAGUCUUUCUCUCUUCGUUUCAACAAUCUAGUAUUGCAGAAGAAAUCGCAAGUUCUCAACUCCAAACAACAACAUAUUAAUCAUGUCAACGAGCUAGAACGCAAGAUUCAAAACCUAAGAGGCGAGAUUGAGGCCAUCAAGGCUCGGAAAGCGAAAACUUCGAAGGUCAUUGGUGAGACAUUUGACGAAUUGAGUGCCAAGCAGUCAAAGGUGGAGGAAAUGAAUGCUCAAUUACAAACACUUACAGAGGAGAAAGAGAAACUUGAAACAGAAAUAGAAGCAUUUAAAUCACUGAUUAGCGGCUUAGAAGAGCUGCUCAAGUCAUCACAGAAUAAUUUGAAUAAGCAGCUGGCUAAGGAUGUUGGGGAACUAACAAAAUAUGAAAUGUACUUAGGACUACGAAUCGAGGCAGUGGAUAUCGACUUACUUAAAUUCAAAUUUACUAAUAUUGAUGCCAACGAUAUUGAUAAAGAAGUCUGGUGUGAGUUGUUCGUGGGAGAAGAGAAAUACAAAAUCAUGGGCACAGAUCCCACCCUACCGAAUCAAAUAGUCGGGCAGAUCGAAAAUGAUUUCAACGAGCAUGGAGAAUUCAUAUUAUUCUUGAAAGAUAUGAGGGGAGUACUCCGCGAUGCGGCAUAA